CUUCAAAAAUCCUUCUAAACUUUUUAAAUGUUCAGAGCUAAAAACCCUAAAUCCUCAAUUCAUCAAAGCUUCGUUUUUUAUCUUCUUCGCCGUAUUGGUUCGAGAGAAACUAGUCUUGAUUUGGCUCGUACCUACCAAUCAGGACCUGCUUCGAGCCCUAGCUUAUCGAUAUGGAGACGGAAGAAGGAAAUGACCAAAGAAGGCUUAAUCGCUGCCAAAGAGCUCAAGCGUCUGCAAACCAAAUUGGUCCGACUCGAUCGAUUCAUCUCUUCUCAUGUCGCUCGUCUCCUUAGAUCCGAUCUCGUUUCUGUUCUUGCUGAGUUUCAGAGACAAAACCAAGUUUUCCUCUGUAUGAAGCUCUAUGAAGUUGUGAGAAGAGAGAUAUGGUAUAGACCCGAUAUGUUUUUUUACAGAGACAUGCUCAUGAUGCUUGCAAGAAACAAGAAAGUGGAUGAAACCAAGAAAGUAUGGGAAGAUUUAAAGAAAGAAGGGGUUUUGUUCGACCAGCAUACAUUUGGAGACCUUGUUCGAGCGUUUUUGGACAACGAGCUUCCGUUGGAAGCGAUGAGAUUGUAUGGAGAGAUGAGAGAUUCUCCUGAUCGGCCUCUGUCUUUGCCUUUUCGUGUUAUGUUGAAAGGACUCGUUCCUUAUCCUGAGUUGAGAGAGAAGGUGAAAGAUGAUUUCUUGGAGCUUUUCCCUGGAAUGGUUGUGUAUGAUCCUCCUGAGGAUAUAUGCGAAGAUAGUGAUGAUGAAGCAAGGACAGAAAGUGAUCUUGAAUAGAGAGAGAAUUAUAGAUAUUGAUAAUUCUAUAUGUAGUGUUCUUGUUUCAGGUUAGAUCAAGUGGCAAAGAAAAGUUUGUGUCUAUGCAAAGACUGAAACAAGUCUUGUCUUUAAAUGGGAAAAAUUAUGGCUAUUGAAAACCGAAGAUGAUGUGGGGACAAUUGAAGAAGCUCAUAAGCGUAGACAUCUGUAAAAGACCUCUCUCUCGGUAAUGCUGAAUGCUGUUGUUGUAUUGAGUCGGUUCAAGAUAUAAUUCAUGUGUUUGUCAAGAUGCUGCCGAAAGCGUUUUAAAGGAUAUAUAACUUUUAGAACAUUAUAAGUUUGGGCCGACAAUUUCUUGUUGGGACAUUCAUGGUUUGGGCCAGAACAGGUCUUUGGGAAUUGGGAGUACUAGCUUUCUCUCA